CAAAUCAACGUGUACUGUUUUUGUUUCGAUCUCGCACAAGUGUCCGUAGUCGCGUUCCAGCAGUUUCAAGUGAAAAUUCCAUGAAAUAGCCGGCGAAAUGCCCAUUUUCAAACUAGAAAGGUUUCCCUUCGUGUGCCGGCUGUGCCUAAUGCCGGAACAGCACCGCAAGAUGACUUCGCUGGACACCGAGGACGAGGUCUUCGAGGGGGGCGCCACUUACGAGCAGUACCUGGCCACGCUCACGUUCCAGGUCGAAGAAGAAAAACGGCAUCUGUUCCCGCGCUCGAUCUGCGCACCGUGCAAGGAUCUGCUCCGGACGUUUGCCCGGUUCCGCGCCAAGGUCCGCCAGGUGCAUCUGUUUAUGAACGCACUGGUCGAGCUGCGAGACUUUAACACGGCACCGAUGAAGAGUUUGUUCACGAGUUCGCGCACGCUGAAGCUUUCGAUGCGGGCCAUGCUGAUGGAGUUGGGCGUGUGCCAGACUGGCCGUCCUAGGGCCAAGGAACUGAUUGAAGAGUUUCCGCAGUAUCGGAUUGCCUCGCUGCCGGCGGUGUUGGGCGGGAGUGGGUUUGUCGGUGUGGAUGUUACGGAGGAAACUGCCGCGGAACCGGUGGAGGUUGCUGAGGAGGAUGAAGCUGAGGAUGAUGACCCAGAGGAGAACGUCUUGUAUGCCGAGGAGUGCUCGCCGGAGGAACUGCUGGGAUUGACUGGGGGAAAUAUGGUUGAGGCUGUUGAAACGAACGAGACGGACUUGGGGCCCGCGAAGGUUGGACCGGGUGUUAAUUGGGAAUUUAUAGACGAUAGCGACGAAGAAAUGGCCGUUCCCGAAAAGGCUUCCAGGAGGAAGCCAAGGAAGAAGCCGGAAACGAGUCGUAAAAACGUGCGGCACGAUUGGGAAACUAUUCUCGCUAAGCCCCUCACAAUUGAGAGCAUCGAAGAUCCAAAAGUGGCACAGGCAACUAAAAUCUACGGAGGUCCGUCGUCCAAAGAGCCACUGCAGUGUCCAAAGUGUCCGUAUAAAACACACCGCAAGGGCACUUUCCACUCACACCAGCUAACGCAUCUGUUGCGUGAAAAUAAGAAGCACAUCUGCAAGGUAGAGGGUUGUUCCGCAGAAUUUACCGAUCGUCGGUAUUUGGCGUCGCACGUUGAAAAACAACACCGGACAUGGAUCUGCGACGAAUGCGGCCUACAGUGUAGCAAUCGAGGCUACCUGACCAUGCACAAAGUUCGUCAACACAGCAAGAAUCCACCAUGUUUCAGCUGUGAAUAUUGCCAACAAGUCUUCAAACUUAAGCUGGACAUGCAGUCUCACAUCAAACGUGUCCACCUGGCGGAAACGAUGUUCAAAUGUGGCACCUGUGGGCUGGAAUUCAAACGCAAGUGCACCCGGGACUCGCACGAAAUUUGCCACUCCAACGUGUUCAACUUCCCGUGCCAGCAGUGCGAUAAAAAGUUCAAACUGCGAUCGCAACUAAUGAAACACAUCCGGAGAGUACACAAAAAUCCGUUCUUCCACUGUGAACACUGCAGCAAGCCGUUUUACACCAGAGACAACAUGCUGAACCACAUCGAGCACGUCCACGGGAUCCAGAUGCGCUUCCUGUGCGACAUCUGCGUGGCCAGCUUCGAAAGCGAGGAAAACUAUCCAUCCACAAGUCGCGCCACGAAAAUCCGAAAAUGUUCGAGUGCGCACGCUGCCUGUUCGUGUUCGGCACCCAGGAGCAGUAUUUCGACCAUCUGUGCAUAACCUACCGGGACAACUACAUCUGCUGCGACCGGGACUUUCACGACCAUCAACCCUACAACCGGCACGUGUUUCUGCGGCACGGGCUCAAGGUGAACGUGCGCGUUAAGCCCCAGCCGGGGGUGCUGCUGGGAACG